AUGUACUCAGCCGCCGGCACACCAACAACCCUCUCACCCUCACCCGGCCCGGUCACCCCAACCAACCAACCACAUCCCGUCAGGCACUACUAUUCAGAUCAUCACCCCGGAUUAGCUACCACCUCCAACAUCCAACAACCGCAACAACAGCCAGGAUAUGGCCCACUGAACUACAGCAUCGGCCCUCCGGGUUACCGAGAUAACAACAACUACAACAAUCAUAUUCUCUCUCAAUCCCAAGGUCGGCCUGGACUAGCCGCACCGAACCCUCCCAACUUGGCCCAAGCCGGAUUCGGACCUUCACUUCAACCAACCGCUUCCUCACCCGCACCAAGCCUCCACCAGGUCGGCCUCACCCGCUCCGGAACCUCGCUCUCCAACACCUCCUCGCGCUCCAACAUGCUCAUCGCCCCCGCCACCAACAGCCUCCACCACCCCCACAGCCGUCCACCGGCCCUCAUGCCCCCAAAGACCGGGCCGACGAUCUCCAAGGCAUCAAUCGACGAGUAUCGAAACAGGAUCAAGUCUGAUCCAGAUCCCGAGGCACACUUCAACUAUGCCAAGUUUCUGAUCGAGGCUGCCCGGAAGCUGGCCUCCGGGGGUGCGGCCGGCGACGACAAGGCGAUCAAGAAGUACCGGGAUGCACUGCUACAGGAGAGUCUCAAGCUCAUCAAGAAACUGGCCACUCAGGGCGUCGGACUGGGCAAGCCUCCUUACAGCGAUGCCCAAUUUUUCCUGGCAAACUGUCUAGGGAACGGGAGCUUGGGCCUCCAGGUGGACCACGAAAAGGCCUACAACCUCUACGUCCAAGCCUCCAAGCAAAAUCAUCCAGCGGCGACCUACCGGACGGCGGUAUGUAACGAGCUCGGGGCAGGGACCCGGAAGGACGCCCAGCGGGCGAUGCUCUUCUACCGUAAAGCCUCCGCGCUCGGCGAUACGGCGGGGAUGUACAAGCUGGGUAUGAUCCUCUUGGGUGGCUUACUAGGCCAACCGAAGAACCCGCAGGAAGCGCUUCUGUGGCUCAAGCGGGCCGCCCAACAGGCCGAUGAAGACAAUCCGCACGCCCUGCACGAGCUCGCGCAGAUCUACGAGAAGCCGCCGCUGGUGACCAUCGGCCCUGCUGGUACGGCGCCGACGCCUGGGGGGAAACAUGGAAGCUCGGGAAGCAGUGGUGCCGCAGGCAGCCCACAGAUCUCCUAUCUAGUCCAGCGCGACGAGCCAUACGCACGAGAGCUGUACACUCAGGCAGCCCAACUAGGCUACCCCGCCUCCCAGAACCGACUGGGCGCAUGUUACGAAUACGGGGCACUGAGCUGUCCGGUGGACCCCCGCCGGUCGAUUGGAUGGUACACCAAGGCGGCCGAGCGCGGUGACGCCGAGUCCGAACUGGCGCUCUCCGGCUGGUACCUCACCGGCUCCGAGGGCGUCCUCAAACAGUCCGACUCCGAGGCCUAUCUCUGGGCCCGAAGGGCCGCGUCUAAAGGUCUUCCUAAGGCGGAAUACGCCGUCGGAUAUUACGCUGAAGUCGGGAUCGGCGUCAAGCAAGAUAUUGAAGAGGCUAAACGAUGGUAUAUGAGGGCCGCUACUAAUAAAAAUAAGAGGGCUAUGCAAAGGUUAACUGAGCUAAAGAAGAUGGGUUCUCAGAAGCCUGCGAAACGACAAGCCAGACCGACGCGAGACCAAGCAGCCUCCGAAUGCACGAUCGUCUAG